GAAGUGCAAUAAAGGGAAGAACAUUAGUAAAUUAGUUUUAAUAGAAGUUAACAGAACUGAAGGGUUCAGGACACUGUUAAAAGAUAGUUGUUUUCAACAAUAGCUUGAGAAAGGGAUUCUAAAUUUAUAUGAGACUCAGUGGAUGCCAGAGCAUGUGAUUGGUUAGAUGUUAAGCUAGAACAUAGAUAUUUUCCAUUUCAAAGGAGUUUAUAAUUCAACAAAGCAAAUGCUGAGAAGAUCUCUUGUUCAUUUAGAUUUUCCAUUAUCUCGACUUCUGCUUCAGGUAUUAAAAUUAGAGAAAGGGGGCCAAGUUAAAAUUACAUUUCUGUUCUGAAAAACAAUAGAAAAACUCAUUUGCUAGAAAUGAUAUUUCACUGUGUUGUUGAUUUUUACAUAACUAUUUGGUAUAUAGUAAACUGGAGUACAUAUCAUGAAAAAGCUAAAGGGGAAAAUCACUUAAAAAAAUAUACUCAACAAAAACAAUCAGUGAGGGUUGUCAGGCCUCACCUAAAAGCAAGUAUUCCAAAUCCUCUGGCAAGAACUGUCUUCCCCCCAACACCUGAGGUGUUCUCCCCAACCCUUCUCACUAAGAAUGAGGGCCUGUAUUUUCUCCUGAACUGCAGGUGAGUCCUUCAGUGCAUUGUAACACAGAAUCCUGGCAAGUUAAAUGGUAGGUAAACACAGGAACAGGAUACAGAAUAAGUAAACAUGAACAGGAUAUGGCUUUCUUGCCAAAAAAAAAACUCCUAAGCCAGUAUUUAACAAAUGCUACCCCGAUGAAGCAUAUUCAUCGGUUUUUCAGUUUUUUCUUAAUGUAAGAUCCCCCCAAUUUUUAUCGUUCCACGCAUUUAUUCAUUUCUACUUCAGCAGUUGAGCUGCUGUGUUCUAUUCAUACUCCUUCGUUUUUAAAGUGACCUUAGACCGUUUUGCCGCAAUGUUUGGAAUUAAGAAAAUAACAGCCUGCUAAUUGUCUUAAUAGUAAACAAGGUCAUCUUUGAAAAGAUACUUCUGUUUUGUUGCUAUGUUGGAGGAAAAUGCUGGUAUAUAUUUACUAAACAGUGAAGUCCUGGGUAAAGCAGGAGUCGCUUCUGAUUUCUUAAGAGUUCGUUUUCUUCACCAUUAAGCUGAUUCUGGGUCCGGAACAGUAUUUGAUCCGCAGAUAGUGACGCGCGUGCUGGUAAUGAAAGACAAAGCAAAGUAAUUCUUGAAAUGCCCAGGGAAAAACUUUUAAUGAUUCCUGUGCGACGCUUGAGUUGUUUUUAGUUAAACCUCCAAAACGUCUCUUGCACCAGGUGUUCGUUUCCACUGCAGGACUUGCAGUCAUCCCGCCAGGACUCCACCUGCCUCCCCUGUCCCCUCUGGCUGCCUAAGUUGUCUUUCCCGAAAGCGUAGGCAGCAUUCCUCCACGCAUGGACGCAACUGGCUUUUCCCGGUGGCCCGGCUCCACGUGACCUCUCCUAACACCGGCGCGGCCGCCAGCUCACAGCGCCCCCAUCCCCUCCGCCAGGUACCGGCCGCGGCUGGCUUCCCCUCCCCGUAAGGUCACGGUACGGGUGCGAGCCUCGUUCUGCGGGCUGGGGAGGGGCUGGGCUCCGGCCCAGGCAGCCUCUCCUGCCCUCGCAGACCAAUCAUCACAUGACUCCGCGGCGGCGGUAGCCGUGGCAGCAGCCGCGCCGGCUACGCUGGCUCGCCGGGCGGGCUCAGUUCCGCUCGCGCAGGAGUCGAGCGCGGCGGGCGGGGCGGGACCUGCUGCGGCGCGGGCGCCCGGCCGCUCCCAGAGCGCGCGGCGUCUCCCGGCCCGGCCGGCCUGUCCAUGCCGCUACGUUGCGGAAGUGUGGUGGGGGGCGGUGGCGCAGAGCGCGCGAGGCCGGGGCUCAGCCCCCUGCAGCACUAGGCUCCAGGAGCCGCACGGCGCGCCCCAGCGGCCCGGCUGCCCGUGCGCUCGCCGCAGCCUGCAUGCCACGCGCCGCGCAGCGCCGCGUCCCCGCCGCCGCCUUCUGCUCGCACCGCUGCCGCCGGGCGCCGGAGUAAUAUGCUCACUCGAGUGAAAUCUGCCGUGGCCAAUUUCAUGGGCGGCAUCAUGGCUGGCAACUCAGGCUCCGAGCACGGCGGCGGCGGCUGCGGAGGCUCGGACCUGCCCCUGCGCUUCCCCUAUGGGCGUCCCGAGUUCCUGGGGCUGUCUCAGGACGAGGUGGAGUGCAGCGCCGACCACAUCGCCCGUCCCAUCCUCAUCCUCAAGGAGAGUCGGCGGCUGCCCUGGGCCACUGGCUACGCAGAGGUCAUCAAUGCUGGGAAGAGCACGCACAACGAAGACCAAGCCAGCUGUGAGGUGCUCACUGUGAAGAGGAAAGCAGGGGCCAUUACCUCAACUCCAAACAGGAAUUCGUCUAAGAGAAGGUCCUCCCUUCCCAACGGGGAGGGGCUGCAGCUGAAGGAGAACUCGGAGUCUGACGGCGUUUCCUGUCACUACUGGUCGCUGUUCGACGGCCACGCGGGAUCCGGGGCUGCCGUGGUGGCGUCGCGCCUGCUGCAGCGCCACAUCGCGGAACAGCUGCAGGACAUCGUGGAGGUCCUGAAGAACUCGGCCGUCCUGCCGCCCGCCUGCCUGGGCGAGGGGCCUGAGAACGCGCCCGCCGACGGCCGGCCCCUGACCCGGGCGGCCUCACUGCGCGCAGGGCCUGGGGCGCCCGGCUCCCCCAGCGCCCCUCCCGCGCGCUUCUUCACCGAGAAGAAGAUCCCGCAUGAGUGCCUGGUCGUCGGCGCCCUGGAGAGCGCGUUCAAGGAGAUGGACCUACAAAUAGAACGUGAGAGAAGCUCAUAUAAUAUAUCUGGUGGCUGCACAGCCCUCAUUGUGGUUUGCCUUUUGGGGAAGCUGUAUGUGGCGAAUGCUGGGGAUAGCAGGGCCAUAAUCAUCAGAAAUGGAGAAAUCAUCCCCAUGUCUUCGGAAUUCACCCCCGAGACUGAGCGCCAAAGACUUCAGUACCUGGCAUUCAUGCAGCCUCACUUGCUGGGAAAUGAGUUCACACAUUUGGAGUUUCCAAGGAGAGUACAGAGAAAGGAACUUGGAAAGAAGAUGCUCUACAGGGACUUUAAUAUGACAGGCUGGGCAUACAAAACCAUUGAGGAGGAUGACUUGAAGUUUCCCCUUAUAUAUGGAGAAGGCAAGAAGGCCCGAGUGAUGGCGACUAUUGGAGUGACCAGGGGGCUCGGGGACCAUGACCUGAAGGUGCAUGACUCCAGCAUCUACAUAAAACCAUUCCUGUCUUCGGCUCCAGAGGUAAGAGUCUACGAUCUCUCCAAAUAUGAGCAUGGAACAGAUGACGUGUUGAUCUUGGCUACUGAUGGACUCUGGGAUGUUUUAUCAAAUGAAGAAGUGGCUGAAGCCAUCACUCAGUUUCUUCCUAACUGUGACCCAGAUGACCCUCACAGGUACACACUGUCAGCUCAGGACCUGGUGAUGCGAGCCCGCGGUGUCCUGAAAGACAGAGGAUGGCGGAUAUCAAAUGACCGGCUGGGCUCAGGAGACGACAUUUCCGUAUAUGUCAUUCCUUUAGUACAUGGAAACAAACUGUCGUGAAAACGGCCCAGGGGGCUGGGAGGACGAGGGGGAGAGAGCCGGGCGCCUCUUGGCAGGGCGGGCCUGAGAGGUGCCCCUGCAGGGUUCCUCGUGACACCGCCUCCUCCCAGCCCGCGGGGAGCUGGCUGCCAGAGUCGGUGCACUUGGGGCAGACCGAGGGUUUCAGUUUCCUCUUUAGUAACAGGUCUGGGUACUCAACAAGAGCCAAACAGAAAGGCCACUGCUGAAUGUUGUGUUCACUUUGGUUCCCUCAGUAGGCCUCCGAGGGGCUGUUGCCUGUUGGGGGCACAUACAUCGUAUUUCUUUUCUCUGGAGUAGGCGUGGCAGCUGUUUCAGGGUGACUGGCAGAAGACUCUUCAGCCUAUUGGGCUGCCGGGUUCUGCACAGGUGAGAAGGGCUGCGUCGGGGAUCAUGCCCUGAGGGUGAGCGCCCACCUUCUAGCAAGGCCUGAGAUGUAUUUUGGGAAGUGUUCUCUGUGUGUGUCUUACUCUCUUCAGGCACUGGUGGAGUGAGGCAGGCGUUGUUCUUUCUCUUGAUAUUCCUUGAAUCUGAAUUACUUCUCUUCCCUAUAGUAAGCCUGGGACUUCCCGCUGCUCGCUGAGGAAUCUGUAUUGAAGUCCGGGUGUGGGGAGAGGGGGGCCUCUGAGAGCCGUUCCCUGGCUGACAGAGUGCUGUAUCUGUUGUGUAACAAUUUGUUCCUGAGUUGCAUUUUCUCACCAGAUCAGUGUGCUUUCAUGAAAAUGUGGAUGUUUCUUUGGACCAAGAGGUCCUCUGUUGUUUUCAAGGGUCCCAGUGUUGUGGUUUGAGGUUUCUAUGGGAGUCUGGGUUUUCAUUUCUGGAAUGGCUGGCCCUCUUCCACACGCUGUGCCAUAGGGACACCAACGUAAAGCGGUAUUUAAUGGAGCAGAAUAGCAAAUUCCCAGUAUCACUCAGUUCACCAUACAUCAUUUCAAGACCAUUCCUUCACUUUGGCUCUGACUGUCCCCAAGCCCACUUCAAAUCACGUGUGUCAGAGUUCUGUCCAGGACAGCAGUCCUGUCCUGUUUUCUCCAUCGGUGGGCAAAGCCCAUUCAGAAUGGCUGAUUGACACAAGUAAACUUGAACUGGGUUGUCUGGUCAUUCUCAUGAUCUGGCCCCAUUCCUUCUUCACGGCAUCAGCCCCAGCCACCCAGCAGCUGAGACCGCUGUACUCACUGUAGCACCACCUCUGAGUAUUCGUCACAAGCAGCAGACGCCAGAUGCACCUGCUGCUUCCUCUGCCAGGAGGAACUACAAAUACACUUUUAGAAAUCACUGUUAUCUCUUAGGCAGAUAACAGUUCUGCACUGGGGGACCUGAUGGAGCAAUGUCCAGUUACCAAGUCUUCUCAGACCUCCUGCAGGAUCAUCACCAUUUUGACAACUUUGUGUAAUUAAAACAUUCUUCCCAUUCAGCAAUGAAAAGGUCACUGGUGUGAUCCCCAAACAUGCUGGAGAGCCAAUCCCACUUCUCAUGUUUGUUUGAAUCCCUUCCCUAGAAGAGAAGAGAGGAACCUUUCCUCUGGGAUAAUCACCUGCAUUUCUGGAGUUGUAGGUACUUUCUUAGGGAAGGCCUGGAGCCUUCCUACUCAGGAAGAAUUCACUCCCCAGUGUGGAAACAAUGCCCUGUCUGCCAGGUGAAGCACCAUGGGAAUUCACCCACUAGGUGUUUGCCAAAAUGUUGUCUGGGAAAACUGGACAACUACGUUGUCAUCCUCAGCUGACAGCAGCCCUUCUCCAGUAAAUCUUAGCUGCCUCAGACAUCUCUGUGGGGAGAUGUUUGUGGUAAACCAUUUGCUUCUCUGGUAGAGUAUGAUGCUAUGGGAAAACACGCAGCCAUCCUACAACAGUGUGGUCUACUUUCCGUUUCUGUCCUGACUCUCAAAGUCACAUGCAAAUUGGAAACUUGAGAAAGUUUGAGGACUUAGAGCCCCCCUCCUUGGGAAGCUGUCCUCAUGUGCAGUCAUGUCUUCCCUGUGUUCCUGUUGCCUUUCAUUUCCUUUUGUUUGUGGGCUUCUGUCUGGGCCCUACCAUGAGCUUCCCUAGUUUCAUCUGAGCCACCUGAGUCACAGUUUGGGUGUAGAUAGGUAGGUGUCGUGAUAACCUUGUAAUUAAUUCACCAAUUCAUUUGUUGCCAAGGACUGUCUCAGGAAAAACUCUGGAACCCCCUUUAUUCAGUGUAUCCUAAAGUCUUGGGCAUUUUGUCGUACUGGUUGUAGUUAGAAAGUUAUCCAGGGAUUCUUCUCAUAAACCCCCUUGGGUGGAAAGAUCUCAGCAGCACGCUGAAGCCAUGUUCUGUUCGGGGAUAGGAAGAAAGCUACAAAUGAGGUAAAUAAAUCAAGUGUGGAGAAAAUGACUUGUUCGUGCCCAUAGCAGAUCUCCCCAGCACUGACACUGCUCUGUGAAUUGAGCUUAUUGGCUUUGGCCUUAUUUUUCACCCAGGCACCAUGUCACCCCAUCCCAGAGCAGUACCUGUCUGCAUAACAGGUCAGCCUGCAGAGCACUCUUGGGAAGGUCAAAGGCAACACAAGAUCCUGCAGAACAUAUUUAUAUGUGGUUCUGAAAUCUUAUGGAUCUGACUUUAAUAGCCAAAUCUGCUGGUCCAAAUAGCCUCUGAGGAAGUCUUGCUUAAGAAAAACCUUUUGACUCCCUAGUCGAGUCUUCAUGGUUGCCUUGGGGCAGGGAGCAGGGGCACGGGGUGGCCACCUCCUCUAAUGAAAGGCUCUUUCACUUCUGCAUCUUUGUUGGGUUGGUGCCUGCUCUUCAAAAUAUGUGGUGACACCCUUUUCCUUAAAGAGAGCAAAUGUAUGCUCCAUCCACACUGUGCAGCAUUUUGCCGAGCAACAACCAAACCUUUGUUCUCCUAACGCCUGAAAUCAGAGCAGUGCCACUGGUCAGAGGGGAGGGUGUGUUCUGGGGUGCGGGGCUUACCCAGCUGCUGUUUCUUGGGGGGGAAGGUAGAGUGACCAUCAGACUAGGCUGGGUACUCAAGCCAUCUAACAGAAAAAAGCUCUCCCCAAAAAUGGGAAUUUGAGCUGUUUUCCACAGUACAGCUUUGGGGAAUUUGGAGUGUUUGAUUUUUUUAAUUCCUAGCAACUUACCUCCAAGGGGCUGUGUGAAGUGUGCUGUGCUCACACUCUUCUUACUCUUCUAAGUAUUCGUUUACUUAUUGGGAAGAAUAGAGCUGUAGGUAUAUGCUGGUGGGCAGAGAUGAGAGUCCUGUACCCAGACUGGGCCUCAGAUCUCAGCCUUCGGCCAGGGUUUCCAGUUUACCAAGCACGCCAGCCUGAAACACUUGGGGAAAAAAUCUACAUCUUUAAAGUUGAUUCUCCUCUUGAUCUCACCUCUUCCUUCAUCUGCCAAUCACCUUUAUUUACAAGGCUACAAGUGGUCAGUCAUUUUCGUUGCACCAGUUUGAGGCUCUAACCAUUCCUAAGUAACCCAGCAGCUCCACUGUUUGCAGAGUGAAUGUUAAGCUUUUAUGAGAUUCUAUUUUCAGGAAGUUAGUGCUGGGACACUUGGAGGAAGCAGUAAGAGUCAUUGUGAAAAGAACAAGUCAUUGUCUGACCCUAAAGGUCACUAGAUCUAAGAAAACAGUAAAACAGAAUCUGGCAACAGGACAGAAUUUCAUGUAGGGAACUUGGGUUUUUGAGGACUUAAAAUUGCAGAGAAAGGUUGCAGCCUGCACACCACAGCCCACCUUACUCCGUGAGCCUUCGUCGUGUGGGUGGUGCGGCUAAUGUGUGGACACUGGGAUCUUCCGACACUACACAGGCAGCCCGCCUGCCUCCAGUGCGAGCACCACCACAGCUCUUGUCAGCUCAGAGUGCCGGUCUGGGCCGUGCUGCUCUUUCUGAUGAAUGAAGUGAUCUGUGUAAAAUAGCUUCAAUUUUUCCUCUGUGUCGUAGAUGAAGUAUUCUUCAUGUAGCAACCAGGCAGUGACCACUGAGGCCAUAGAUGUGCUGUUAUUUUCUAUGUGAUGUACUUAAAGGAGAACCUUGCGUCUUCCACUCUUCCAUUUCUCCAUAGUACUUUGUUUGUCUGGGGAGUCCUGGGGUUACUCUUUUACUCCUGUUUUGCCUCCAUUUUCUUUGUUCCCUCUGGAGACCUGGGGAGGCCCACAGUGGAGAUCAUUUGUAAGGAAUAUAUUAUGGUCUGGGUUUCCAAAAAUAUCCUACAAACAGUGAAUGAGAGGAAUCUGCCUGAAAAUGGUCUUGGAACCAUGUACCUUUAUGCUUUGUGAUUGUAAAAUGUUGACUUUUGUAGCCCCAAAAUGAAAACUCAGUAAAGGGGAUCUAUUUUGUGUGUUUUGAAACUUAGGUGCAAUGUUCCCUGGGAAAAGCUAAAGAAAUGUAUAUGCUCAAUGACAUUUUAAAAUAAAAUAUUAUAUAUAUAUAUA